GUAACACAUACACACACACACAGACACACACACACACACACACACAGGUCUACUUCACUCAGAUUACGUUCCACCUUUCACACACAUUCUAUAUCCGAUAGCAAGAGAGUCAGAGGCAGGAUGGAAGCAGAAGGAAACAAUACAAUGGGUUCUAGCUGCCUGGAUCAGAAAGAGUGCCAGAACAGCACUGCAGGGAGUACUCCAUUUUCAAACAUGAAGCAGAAAGAGGAGAAGAUCCAGAAAAAUGCCCAGGAAGAACCAGGAGAAAAGUCAUGCCCAAGAGAGGAUGGACCUCCGUGUGAGGACGACGUACUUUGUGACUCGUGUAUUGAAAGUCCACGCAAAGCUAAGAAGUCGUGCCUGACAUGUCUGGUUUCCUAUUGCGAGGAUCAUCUGAGGCCACAUCUAGAAAAGGAGAAGUUUCAGAGUCACCGGCUGGUGAAGCCACUGAAAGAUGUGGAAAUACGCAUGUGUGAGACACACAACGUCCCGCUGGAGUUGUUCUGCUGUGUCGAAACUUCUUGUGUGUGUGAGAAAUGUGUGUCCGAGCAACACCAUGGACAUGAAACCCUGUCCAUUACAGAGGCACGCCAGAAAAUGGAGAAAGAGCUCCAGGAAAAACAGACAGAGCUGGUGAAGACGGUGACAGCAGCUGAGAAUUCCAUUAACAAACUACAGAGCUGCAUUCUCUCUGUAGAGGCGUGUGUGUGCGAGGUGCGAUCUGUGCUCCAGCAGCAGGUGAGCGCUCUGCAGGCGGGGGUGGAGGAGGUGAGGGCAGAGCUCACCAAGGUAUUGGAGGCGGAGAUGAAAAACACACUGGGGCAGGUGGGCGGAGCUCGUGUGUGUGUGGUGCAGCGCUGUGAUGAGCUGAAAAGAGCACACACACACCUGGACAAACUCAGCAAGAACAAGAACAGCGUCGACUUCCUGCAGGAAUACUCCCAAUGGAGGAAGACGAGCUCGGAUGUGUCUCUGCCUGAGGUGUGUGUCACUCAGACGGACCGUCUUCAGUCUUUCGGCCGCAUCAUCACACACACCACGCAGGAACUGUGUGACAUAUUGCUCACUGCAUACCGCAACUCACUCAAAGAGUUCUGCACAACCGAUGAUAAUCUCCAUCAGCCCACAGUUCAUCCCCUCAGUCCUGUACAGCAGAACAUCACGCUGCCUGAGCCGCAGAGCAGAGACGACUUCCUCAAAUAUGCGUCUCCGUUAAUGUUUGAUGGUGACACGGUGCACCAGUUCCUGCGUGUGACUGAAGGUGGCAGGAAGUUGACCAACACCACGCCCUGGCAACACAGCUACCCUGAGCAUCCCGAGCGCUUCCAGCACUGGAAGCAGGCACUCUCCACUCAGAGCUUCUCCUCAGGGCGCCAUUACUUUGAGAUGGACUUGAGCGGUGCAGGGGUCCAUGUCGGCGUGACGUACGUGGGGAUCCUACGGCAGAGCAACCAAAAUGAGGCGUGCCUCACAGGCAGCAGUGUCUCCUGGUGUGUUGAGUGGAGUGGGCGUGGUUUCUCGGCCUGGCACGGCGGCGUGGAAACCCCCCUGAGCACCCCAAAAGCCACGAGACUGGGCGUGUGCGUGGAUUUCGGGUGUGGCACGGUGAUGUUUUACAGCGUGAGAGGAGAAGCAGAAGGAGGGAUGGAGCUUCUGCAUCGGUUUGAGACGGAGCUGAGAGAGCCGCUCUACGCUGCUGUGUUCCUCCCAAAGAAGGAGAACGUUGUGGUGCUGGUGGAACCUGGAGAGGAACUUCCACUCAAGAGCCCCUUAUCUCCAUGUUCUCCACCGUGAUACACAUUAUUUAACACUAUUGUUAUCACUAUCACUAUCGUUAUUUUUACCAAACGUUUUUCUUUCUUUGAAACCAAGUUUUUAGCCCUUUGUUUCGAAACAUUUUUUAAAAAAUCGUUUAGCUCAGUUCCAGAAAAUAACAUUAGGUUUGUAUUUUUUAUUUGAGGGAAACUUCAUCUCAUGUGAUCAGUCGCUUCAUCGUCUCUGUAUGUUGUUCACUGUGAAGAAGGAUAAAAACUGUGGGUACAUUCAUCAGCAGCCUGCGGAUGCUGUUCAGGUUCUGCCUCCUGCGUGAGUGAACGAUGGAGAAGCGAGAGAUGAAAAAUAAAAGCAUGCCAUCCUGUUUCAAUAAACAAGAGUUCAUCAUGAA